AUGGACCACCGCCCAUCACGCCUUUUUGCUGAGUUCAGCUCAGCGGCAUCAGUAGCAGUCGGAGACCUCUCCACGCCGCUGUACCUGCCCGCCAUAAAGCUUCUGUGCGAGAAAAGCCCAGACCUUGCGCGAUUUCUUGCAACGGAGGUUUGGAAGCACCUCCAAGUCAAUGACGAACCCCAGUCAGAAGAGGAACUGCCGGCAAUUGACCAGUCACGAAAGAAAAGAAAGGUGUCUGACCCGACUUAUCGUCCGCAAAAGUCUGACAGACCUGCCAACGGCAUCAAACAAGGGGUCUUCAAGUCAUCCCCGGCCGGUGCGGCUGCUCAUGUAUCAGACUACCCCGUGACGGUGAAUGACAUAAACCAACUGGACGGAAACUCAGAGCAUCCCUGCCUUGACAGAGGAUCCGUGGCAGGAUCAGACCAAUGGUCUUUCAAGGACCAGCCACACGCAGACGAAUGCGGGAAUGAGCUCAUGUAUUCCCCUGAGGCCAGCACUUCGACGCUAUCCUCUAUAAAGGUUGAUCUAGAAGACCCUUUUACUCCAUUGGAUGACAACACCAUGGGCGGCGAAUCUUCAUCCUCAUCUGGGCUUGCGUGGAAAGGCCUAAGAGCCGUGGAUGCCUCUGAGGAUCAAGACCGCCCUUCCGAAAACACUAGCGCAUACGCCUUUGGUACAGAGCAACCUGUACAUGGCGUACUCACCUCUGAGUGGCUGGGCCAGGUAUCCGGGAUACCCGAAUCACCAAGCUUGCCGAUGCAGCUUGCGGGGUGCGCCGCGCUUCCAUCUACGCCAGAGCCACAGUUUGGUCCGGAUCAAGAGCAUUCACCACCGACCGAGGAAGUGCCAAGGCGUGACUUCGGCCACCUUUCUGACAGACUUACCCUGAAGAGUCACCUAGAGGAGUUCGUUGAUGAGAUGUCAGACACUAUCGCUGCUCUUAGUGCCAGCUCAAGCGAGGUACCCGCCAAGGCUCAUCUAGCUUUCAUCAACAUGCUUGAAAUUGAAUCUCCAUACAUGCCGAAGAAGAUCGAAUCAGCCAACACUGGAAGCCCAUGCGCAGCAGAUCCAAAGUCUUGGUCGGCCAGUAUGUGGGUGGAAUACCUCAAAGCUGGAGAGGCUCGAACCCAAAAGUCGACUAUUUUCAACUUGGUUGGGUAUAUGGGCUUUUCUGUCUGGCUUGAGAAACAGAUGGAGGCCUUCGAACCGCCUUUGACAAAGCGAGGCACGGCGAGGAAACGAGUGGCAACUCCUUUUCUGAAUUCCCUUCUGAUGGAGGCCGAACACUCGACGGAAUUGGUGGUCAGAUCCGCUGCAGAAAACUCUCCAACGAGCAAUCUCAGCCGUACCCCGAUGAAUGUCACCUCUCAUCAGCGGAGACAAAUCAUCGGAAAAGCCAACAAGGGCCGCAAGCUACGCGAUAUGGUCUCAAAGGUUGGGCUAGGCAUCCUCCUACGGCGAGACAUCUGGAGCUACCAAAAGCUGUCAGGUGAGGACUUCCAACGGCGGUUGGACCGGGAAUUUUGGCUGGAUGCGCGCAAAGGAAGAUUACUCCCUUUACUUGACGAACAAGUUACCAUUUUAAUUAAAGAAGGGAACACGAAUCUGUCACUUUUUCUUGCUUCACUUGAGUCGAGUGGGAUAAGGCGAGGAAUUGGAAUUCAAUGGGGUUGUGCAGGACGCGACCCUCAUGGUCUGGACUCGCUCUUGCGAGCUUUAAACCAGGUACUUGAAGGCUCUGACUCUCAUAAUCUUAUGGUCAGAGAUAAAAUCGAGGUUCCUCUCACCUCGUUUGAUAAUCUCAGGCCGGGUCGGUGGCUUGAUAUGUGGCUAAUCGCUGCUGCGAUUGAACUGACUGACAAGCCUUCCUGGGUGAGAUGUGGCUUGAGCGUCCCUCUUCAUCAACUGAAGGAAGGCGAAUGCGUCCCAAUAGAGAAACCCUUCGGCCUCUGGAGAAAGAAGAUUGACAGUUCCAGGACUGAGCAUAUGGACGACGAGAAACAAGUGUAUCUUUGUCCCUUGAACAUCAACAACAACCACUUCACACUACUCGAGAUCAACGAACGAACGGAGAUGAUUUAUCACUACGACUCGAUUGCAGGGAUGGAUGUGAGACUGGGAAAAGAAGAAACUACCCCAGUACAACAGUUAGUAGAGCAGGCGGAGUUCCACGACCUCGGUUUGACAUAUCAGGAGGCACAAGAGGACAGCUCUUCAUGCGGGUUAAUGGUAAUUCACAAUGCCAUGCUUCGGAUGACCGGCCGUGAAGUUGAGUCCUGGGAGCUCUACAAGAUCGCAUCAUGCAGCCGAAAACGGGCGUUGCGUAGAUCUGGACGUGUUCUGCCUCCGUCAGAACACGCCUAUGUCAUUGUGCCUAGCAUGCAAACAAACAGUGUUGUGUUUGAUCCAUACCGUAGAGUGUACUAA